UUGGCUGCUUUGGAUGGCUGAAGUCAUUUCCUGGACGUUGAGUUUAAUAGCAGGGGCGUCAUGUGAAUUUGACAGGUGCUGGCAACCAGCUGCAGUCACACUUCAGGGCCCAUCAGCACCAGUCUGCUACCAGCCCACGGAGAGAGGUCCCAACCAGCGAGCCAGGGGUCACCUAGACCCCUUCUUAAAUAUUAAGAAUCAGUGUAUUGACCUGUACUGGAUUACUGCACUGCACAAGCUACAGCGCUUCACUGAGAAUCCAAAUCAGCUGUCGCAGUCCACACUAGAUGGGACAGAAUUCCCUAAUUGGAUUUUACAUCAAGGGAAUUUUGAAAUCAUGAGCCAGAUGAGUCCUUCUUGCCCCGUACUCCCUCCCGCUGCCAGAGCGAGCUUCCUCCAUUCAGGAAAGGGAUUGGACCCUAACGCCAGGAGUCCAGGGAUCAAACCUAAAGUGAGCCCCAAGCCUCUUGUUCUUCCCCCAGUUCCUGUGAUUCCAGUGGUAAGCGCCAGCAAGCCGCGGCAGCCGCACACGAGCUGGGUGCACAGCGCCAAACAGAAAGAGGAAGCUGGGUCUCAGAACAGAGCGAAAGAGAGCACGUCCUUUCUGUCUGCUGUCAUCGAGCGCUCCUCAAAGCUGCAUGGAUACACACCUGCGCCGCAUCCCAGCUCCUCCAGGGAGACUCCUGCUGACAUGACAUCACAUCCUGAUGGGGACGGCGGUGAGACUUCAUCACAGACGGACAUGGUGCCACCGGCCAGACUUAGACCUGCAGUUCCUGUGAAGGGAGAAGCGUUUGAUCGGCUCAGCAGAUCUUCUGCACAUGCACAGAGUGUUGCCAAAGCCAAGGAGCAGUUUCUCUCGGGAAAGACAGAAGACACAAGCUCAGCUGAUACUGUCGCCCCUUCGACCCAAGAGAAACAGGAAAGCGCCUCAGGUCUUGACUCGGGUCUUGAUGACGAUGACAUUGAUGAGGCGUCCGUCUUCCAGGAGAUCGACAGGGAGCUGUCAAACCUGUUGAGUGGCCUGACCGCUCGGAGUCAGCAUGCUGCGUCCAGACAGGACUCGCCGUCAAGAGACGCCACUGCCGCCUCACUCAUGAUCCCCUGCAUCGGGCAAGACGAAACCAAGCCUUCUCAGCUGGAUAUGGCCAAGCAGGGCCUGGACAUUCAGAAUGGCCAGUCCGAGUUAGCAAGAGACUCCCUGCUGUUUGACUCGUGGUGCGAGGCGCUCAUAAAGGACCCCAGCUCAGUUAUGGCAGCAGCAAACGAGCUGAGCUGCUUCAGCUCAGGGCCCAGUCGAAGCCCCAGGAAUGCACUGGCCUGCCAAAAUAAACCUGACGCCAGCCCAACUCCAGAUGGGGAGCAGCCCUCAGAGGUGCCCUCCCAAGAAAACGUUGGAAAGGAGAUGGAGGGCAAGAGGGCCGGGUCACCCUCGCCCAGUAGGACAGAGGACGACCCCUCGGCAGAACUGGUGGAUGAGUCUCUAGGGGAAUCCAGUAAAAUUCUGUCCGAGAUACCUGGCACCUUUAGCAGUUUUCUGGAGGGGGGCAAACUGCGGGACAAGCCGCCAAAGAAGCUGCGGUUUGUGGAGAGCAGGGCGGAGAGCCUCGUGAACGGAGAGAUGCAGAACGGAACGUACCAGAGCUGCAGUGUGAAAGAGGAAGUGACUCCAGACACACAGCAUACAGAAGCCACCGGAGUGCCCCAGGGGCGUGUGCUGAGACCCGAUCACAAACCAGCAGAGAACGGCUCAGACAGGUGUUCUGCCGGGGAGAGUGACACCACAGAUGUCUUCAGCUGCCAGUUUGAGAGCGUCCUGGAGUCGGAGCGUCUGCGGGAGACUCUCUACAGUAGCACGGACGAGCUGUCUAACCCUGCACCUGAACCCAGCUCUGACAGCGCUCCAGGAGCCUUGUUUGCCUUCGACAUCCCCCUCACGCCCAUGAUUCAGCAGCGCCUCAAGGACAGAAGUCUGUUCCUGAGCUCGGACGCUGAGGUGCUGAGCAUCGCCGCUACGAAGGAGAGCGGCAGGGCAGCUCUGGAGGUGACCUCUUCGUUCCUCUCACCGGGAGCAGCUCUAGCAAACGGUUUAAACGAAAAAGACCCCAGAGACAGGCUGCAGGGCUGUUUGAGCAGCGAUGCAGGGCUGAAGGACUGGGACUCAGACAUGGAUGGAGUGGAGGGUCUUAAGGACACAGAUGUUCUCCACAAUGGCAGCCGAAGUGACCAGGAAGCUGCCCGGCGUCUGGCCCGACGGCUCUACCACCUGGAGGGCUUCCAGCGCUCGGAUGUCGCCAAACAUCUGGGCAAGAAUAAUGACUUCAGUAAGAUGGUUGCAGAAGAGUACCUCAAAUUCUUUGAGUUUACAGACAUGACAUUGGACCAAUCACUCAGAUGUUUUCUGAAAGCAUUCUCACUAAUGGGCGAGACUCAGGAGAGAGAGCGGGUGCUAAUUCAUUUCUCUAAUCGGUAUUAUCAGUGUAAUCCCACCGUCAUCACUGCACAAGAUGGAGUUCAUUGCCUUACCUGUGCUCUAAUGCUGCUCAACACUGACCUUCAUGGACCAAAUAUUGGGAAGAAGAUGACGUGCCAGGAAUUCAUCAAUAACUUGGACGGACUCAAUGGAGGACAAGAUUUCCCCCGGGAGCUGCUGAAGUCGUUGUAUAACUCCAUCAAAAACGAGAAGCUGGAAUGGGCAGUUGAUGGAGAUGAGCUGAAGAAGUCUCUGUCUGAGCUGGCGGAUAAGAACCAUCACUCUCACACUAAGAGCAUCAGUCGCAUCAGCAGCGGCAGUAACCCGUUCCUGGACAUUGCCCAUGACCCCAACGCUGCGGUCUACAAAACUGGCUUCCUGGCCCGCAAAAUCCACGCUGACAUGGACGGGAAGAAAACACCGAGAGGGAAACGAGGCUGGAAAACCUUCUAUGCUGUUCUCAAAGGCAUGAUCCUCUAUUUGCAGAAGGAUGAGUAUAAGCCGGAGAAGACCCUGUCCGAGGACGACCUGAAGAACGCCAUCAGCGUGCACCAUGCUCUCGCCAUCAAGGCCAUGGACUACGAGAAGAAGCCCAAUGUUCUCAAACUCAAGACUGCUGACUGGAGAGUGUUCCUCUUCCAGGCCCAGAGCCCCGAGGAAAUGGAGACCUGGAUCAGAAUAAUCAACUCAGUGGCGGCCAUGUUUUCUGCCCCAUCCUUCCCCGCUGCCAUUGGUUCACAGAAGAAAUUCAGCCGUCCGCUGCUGCCGGCGACCACCACCCGCAUGUCUCAGGAAGAGCAGCUCAAGUCCCACGAGGCCAAGCUGAAGCACGUAUCAACAGAAUUAGCCGAGCACAGAUCCUACCCACCAGAUAAAAAGGUCAAAGCCAAAGAAAUCGAUGAGUACCGCUUGAAGGAGCACUACCUGGAAUUUGAGGAAAGCCGUUACGAGAUGUACGUCAAGCUCCUGAAAGAGGGUGUGAAAGAGCUCUUGACGACCCGGGACGGUGACGCGGCGCUGAAGAAGUCUCAGUCCAGUCCAUCUCUCAACCAGGAGUCCCAGCCGGCCGCCGCUAAAGUCAAGCGCAACACGUCCGAGCGGAAGGACUACCGGCCCGAAACACCUAAAGUCACAUAGACAUCUCCUGCUGUCAGAGAGCAACUGUAUAUCACGCGUGACUGUACUUUGAUGUAAUUUAUUUAUCUGCCAACAGUAUCAGAAAACAUUUGUGUAAAAUGUAAAUUGAUCAAUUGGUUGGAAGUUGUAAAUCUCUAGGUGUCCCUUGACCAGGUGCUUGUUGAGCAAAUAGUGUGGUUUUCUUUUUUAUUUGUUAGCGUGUAAAGAUCUUGUGAUUGCACUUUAUUUUACAGGAUGUACGUUUGUGGAAAUAACGGAGCAAUUUUAGGUUUAGGGUUAUAGUCAGUGUUAAUGACAUGUUAUUACCCAGUUACACUCUUAAAAAUAACGUUUUUUUAUUGGCAUCAAUGGUUCUGUAAAGAGCCUCGAACAUCCGUGGAACUUUUCAAAUGCAGAAAUGGUUCUUUAGAUUUUAAAAAUGGUUCUUUUAGGAACUGUUCACUGAAAGGUUCCAAAUAAGGUUCUUCUAUGGCAUGACUGCAAAAACGGCCUUUUGGGACCUUUAUUUUUAAGUGUGUUAUUAUAGUAAGAGGUCUGUAAAAUAAAGUGCCGCUGAUUUCGUUCUGAGAACAUGACCGUCUCUUGAUUGUGCUGUUCCCCUAAUUUGCUUUUCCCUCAAGAGAAGUAUUUUCUUCAGAUGGAAACAUAUGCUAGGCAGUAGAUCUAGUCUCACUCAGAGAGUUAACUUUUAAUUUAAUAGACAAAUAAACAGUGGAUCUGAGCUGACAGCAGAGAGAGGGGUCAAUUUUAGGAUCCUUCAAGAUUUCAAUGCAUGGAUAUGAUGCAGGAUUUGUCACAAUACCUUUCGUUUUCAAUGUACUAACCACUUACUAACAAAUCACCAAAUUCUCAGUGUAAUAUCUACUCUCACGCACGCGGUAAUGGAUCGUACCAGCAUGUCCGAAACUCUAAACCGAUUAUUUUCUAAUGAUGAUUUCGAGGUACUUGCUGAGUUACGGCAUUUCAGACUGUGAGAUUAGAUGACGUUCACGUUAAGGUCAUCGGCUGCGCAGUUUGUGCCAUUUAUUUUUUUAUCUGUUUGUUGAAGUAAAGAGUAUUCUUCUGCUUUUUCAGUAAUGCUCCUUUUGUGUAUUUUAUAAACUUCUAUAUUUGAACUUUUCAUUCUAAGUUCAGAACAUUAUUGUUGUAAAGAUGACAGUAGUAUUUAUAGUGCACUUUAUUGGUUCUUUUAGAGAGCUUUAUAAAGGGUAGUGAUUUGUUACUUCAUUAUACAGGUUUUUCAAGCGUAACCAAAUCUGUGGUUGGUUUUAUUGAAGGUACACAGCCGAAGGUACAUUUUCACUCGUGUAAAGUCAUGUUAGUUUGUCUGUGCUCCUGUGUUUUUGCCGUCAUGUUUAAGUUUUUCGAAUACCAAGGAUUUUAAAGGAAUUGAGAGCGUUUCAGUUGCUUCUCGUGAUGCUGACCUUGAAUCUAAGAUGUCAUUUUCAAUACAGAAAAAAACAAUGACGUGAACACUAUAUGAACGUUCUACACUUGUUUUUGCACACCAACAAAGCCCGAUCUAUUUACUUAUUUGAACAUUUAAAGGUUUAAAAGGAACAUAUAUGAAAAGCUUUUCACAUUUACAGAUAUUAGUUUGAGUCCCUUCUGUCUAUUAUGACAUUUUGUUUACUUGAAAUAUUUUUAAGGACACUUUAUUUUGUUAGAAUUUGACAAAUAGACACAAUUUGUUCAUAUCUACAUUGUAUUUUUUUUCUCUCUGUGAAAUAGCAGGACGUAUUAUUUCUCUUGUCCAGUUCUGAACACAGAAGCACUUAGAUGAUGUUUAUUUUUAUUUAUUCGUCGCUACUUUUAGAUCAAAAGCUGCAUUACUUUUCAGCAGUAUAUACAGUACACACUUAGUAAUGAAUACUACGAAACUGUCAUCAUUAUGAAUGGUGAUAUGAAGAGAUUGACUCUUCCUUUUAUGUGCAACUAUGUUUCAUGUUUGUUGUUCGCCAGACCAAAUAGCUUCUUGUGACUCUGGUAACUCUGGCAUUAACCCUUUAACAGUGCACCUCCUACACAGACUUAGUACUUUAGAAUUGUAAUUGCAUUUGUUAUUAUUUUACAUAGGAUGCAGAAAAUCAGAAGAAGUGUAUACAUAAAAGAAAGGGGCAUGCAAGCACACUUUAGGGUUUCAAAAUAAAAACAACAACAGCAGCUCUAAUGAAAAAUCAUGCAAAAGUGAGGCUUGCAUAAUUACAAGCAGGAGGAUUGAAAUGCAUUUCUGUCAUACUAAUAUUUUGACUGGAACACUCACUCUGUUUUUGACGUUUGUUUGUGAAUCUCCUGGGUGCAGACUGCUCAUGUUUACUGUGAUGUAUGCCACACAACUCAACUGAACUUGAUUGUAAACAUUACGACUUGUCAGUUUUUCUUCCAGCCUCGUCAUCUUUGUGCGUUUACUUUGGCGAACCCUGUAAUGUAUGAUCUUUUCUCAAAAUGCAAUUGUGUGAGUACUGAAGGAGAGCAGCUGGUUUUAAUGCGCCUUAGCCAUCAGUUGGACCGGUUGCGGUCCACACUCAGAUAUCGUGAAUACCUUUUUUAGCUGUGAUCCUGUAAUACUCCUUUAAAUCUGUAAAUGUUGUUCAAUAUGCCUGUUGCCCUGUGUUCAGAAGACUGGAUGUGUUGGUUCUGAUCUCUUGGCAUGAGCGUGUCUUACGCCUGCCCACAAAGAUCAGGGACACAAUGUUGGCUUCAGUGAAUAAAAUUGUAUUUAAUCAUU